UGUAUUUUUGUUAACUUGUGUUUCUUUUGUAUUAAUAAAUUGUUUCAUAUCAAGAAAAUUCGAGACGUUUUGCCCAAAAUAGAAUCUCUGCUUAAACCCUUCUGCAACAAGUUGGAAAUGUGUGUCCAGAAUAUGCCGAAACUAUUUAUCUGCUGUGUAAACAGAACAAUUGAUCAUAAUUCGAUUUUGCAAUCAGUAAAAAAGUGAUCUUUUGUUUGGGGAGGAGAGAGAGAAUAUAUAUAUAGAGAGAGAGAGAUUUGCAAAAAGGGGGAAAAGUUGAAGAAGAAAGAAAAUCAAAGUGGGGGAAGCCCAUCAGACCAAGUUUGCUUCUUUUUCUGUGUCUUCAAGUAUUCUCUCAUCAUUUUAAUUAAUAAUAAUCAUAUUAAUUAAAACUGAGUGCAAAUUCAUUCCCACUUGUCCUUUUCAUUCUUUUCCAUGUAAACUGAAGCUUUUUCCAUUCAUUCUUUAGCUCCUGUUCUUAUUCUCCCAAAAGUUGGUCCACCACCUGUUUGAUGUUUUGUCUCUGAGAACUCUUGUCUCAAGAUUGUGAAAAUCUAAAUUACAUGUACUCAACUCCCAUCACAGAGAUUUGAUUUCUAUGUAUGGUUGUCAUAGAAAUUACUGUUCUUCCCUGAUUUUUCUGUGUUGUCAAGAUUAAUUAUCUUCAUAGCAGCGAAAUGGCUUUGUGGAUGAUGGUGGUGGUUCUUUUAUCGUCUUUUCUUUCAAAUAUGGGAUUUUCGAAAGAAGAUUCGAGCCCCGAUGAUAUAAACAUCGGUGCCAUUUUUUCGUUCGGCACGAUAAAUGGCAGAGUAUCGAACAUUUCGAUGCGCGCUGCAGUCGAAGAUAUAAACUCCGACCCCAAUAUCCUCCAUGGCAGAAAACUAGUUCUCUCAACACAUGAUUCGAAUUACAGCGGCUUUCUCGGCAUAAUCGGAGGAUUGCAGUACAUGGAGACUAACACAGUAGCGAUAAUUGGACCACAAGCUUCCGGUAUGGCCCACAUUCUCUCCCACUUAGCAAACGAGCUCCACGUACCUAUGAUGUCAUUCACCGCACUGGAUCCUAGCCUUGCCUCUCUCCAGUACCCUUACUUCAUCCAGACGGCCCCUAACGAUCUUUUCCAAAUGACAGCUGUCGCUGACAUCAUCAGCUACUUCGGUUAUCGAGAAGUAAUAGCUCUGUACACGGACGAUGAACAGAGCCGUGGUUCCAUGAUAGCUCUUGGAGACAAGCUCGAACAAAGGCGCUGCAGAAUCUCUUACAAAGCUGUGCUCUCGCCCGAAGCCAAAGCGACACGUAGUGAAAUAGCGAACGAGCUGCUCAAGGUUUCAAUGAUGGAGUCGCGUGUUAUUGUCGUCCACGCGUUCGCUGUGAUUGGACUACAAGUUUUCGAUUUGGCUCGUAAACUUAGAAUGAUGGAUAAGGGGUACGUUUGGAUCGCAACUUCUUGGCUUUCGACUGUGAUAGAUUCGACUCCUGUUUCUGCUUACAAGUCGACUCAAGGGGUGCUUACACUCCGGCCCCACACGCCGGAUUCCAAUAGGAAAAGGGCGUUUUUGUCCAGAUGGAAAAAGUUGAGCAACGGUUCGAUUGGGUUGAACCCGUAUGGCUUAUACGCUUAUGACACAGUUUGGACAAUUGCGAAUGCGGUUGCAAAUUUUCUUGAUAAUGGCGGCACUAUCUCGUUCUCGAAUAACUCGAAUUUGAUUGGUUUGGGAGGUGGGAAUCUUAAUCUCGGCGCGCUAAGCAUGUUCGACGAAGGGAGCAAGCUUCUACGUAUCAUAUUAGAGACAAACACGACGGGUUUGACCGGUCAAAUCGCGUUCGAUUCGGAAAAAUCGGUUGUUCGACCUUCUUACGACAUCAUCAAUGUGGUUUCGAAGGGUGGUUAUAAGCAAAUAGGGUAUUGGUCGAACUACUCGGGAAUUACAGUCGUGCCACCGGAGAUUCUUUACGCAAAAGGAUUGGACCGUUCGAAUUCGAACCAACGGUUGGACGAUGUGGUGUGGCCGGGUCAAACGCGGGUCAAACCGAGAGGGUGGGUUUUUCCGAAUAACGGACGGAAGUUGAGAAUUGGGAUUCCGAAUAGGGUGAGUUAUAAAGCGGUCGUGUCGAAGGAUGAAAAUACGAGCGAAAUUCGUGGAUAUUGCAUCGAUGUAUUUCUUGCGGCCAUAAAGUUGCUUCCAUAUGCGGUGCCUCAUAAGUUCGUCUUAUUUGGAGAUGGGCACAGUAAUCCGAGUUAUUCGGAGCUCGUAAGAAUGAUCACAUCCAAUGUCUUUGAUGCAGUUGUGGGUGAUAUUGCAAUCGUAACUAACCGAACAAAGAUAGUGGACUUCACUCAGCCUUAUAUAGAAUCGGGGCUCGUAGUUGUGGCCCCCACAAAGAAGUUCUACUCAAGCCCGUGGGCUUUUAUGCGUCCGUUCACCCCACUAAUGUGGGUCGUCACAGCUGCGUUUUUCCUCAUUAUCGGAUUCGUUGUUUGGAUUCUCGAACACAGAAUAAACGACGAAUUUCGUGGGCCCCCCAAGAAACAGCUCAUCACUGUUUUAUGGUUUGGCUUCUCAACUAUGUUUUUUGCACACAGAGAAAAUACCAUGAGUACCCUUGCUCGUAUGGUUCUACUUAUCUGGCUCUUCGUGGUUCUAAUAAUUACCUCGAGCUACACCGCGAGCUUGACUUCGAUCCUGACCGUUCAACAGUUGACCCCAUCGAUCAAGGGUAUAGAUUCGUUGAUCACGAGCAAUGAGAAUAUUGGAUUCCAAGUUGGAUCCUUUGCCGAAAAUUAUUUAAAUGAGGAGCUCAAUAUUCCUAAAUCGAGACUCGUUCCUCUCGGUUCACCGGAAGAGUAUGCCGAUGCUCUCGAUAGAGGAAGAGUCGCUGCGAUUGUGGACGAGCGUCCGUACGUUGAUUUAUUCCUCUCGAAUUAUUGCAUGUUUCAAGCCGUCGGACGAGAGUUCACGAAAAGCGGAUGGGGUUUCGCAUUUCCGAGAGACUCGCCACUAGCAAUGGACAUGUCCACCGCCAUUUUAGCACUAUCGGAAAACGGCGAGCUCGAAAAAAUACACGACAAGUGGCUGAAAACGAGCGAUUGCGGCCAAACGAGCUCGAAAGAUUCCGAUCAGCUUCAGUUGAAGAGCUUUUGGGGUCUCUUCCUAAUGUGCGGGAUUGCGUGCUUUCUUGCUCUGCUCGUUUAUUUCUGCUUGAUGUUACGUAAAUUCACUCGACAUUUCCCUCAACAAUCGGAAAAUGACCCCUCUAUAAAGAGGGGCUCGAAAUCCAUACGGAUAAAAAGAUUUCUCUCUUUUGUGGACGAGAAGGAAGAGGAGUUGAAGAACAAGUUGAAGAGAAAGCAUAUUGACGUUGUUCCGAGAGGUAGCGCCGAAGAUCAUGAACCGAGUAGCGUUUACCACGACAGGCGCAACGGGAAUUCGGACUUUUACUGAAAUGAAACGGGCUCCGAUUUUUCUCUGCGGAAGAUAUAUAUAACAAGAUGGUAAUGAUAGCAAAUUCAUUCAUUAAUAUCAUCACAAGGGAAAUAAUUAAAUGAAGACGUGUAUAUAUGUAUUGAUCUUUUUUUUGUUCUUGCCUUGUUUAUAAAAUGUUUGUAAUUUCAAUGUAACAUGUAAUUAUUCUUAGAGCAAAUAUAGUAAUAGGAAAACAAAAAUAAUGCAAUAUCUUAAAUAUUCCGAUUU